ACUUUGAAAAUUAAGGCUAUAUUUGUUUGAAUGUGAGAAGUGUGCUUUUCAUAAAGUUUCAAAUAUUUUUUGUACAAUGUUGGUGAGACCCUUAAGUGCUGAGUUAGAUCAUAAGGCUGCAGUGGAAUUGAACGAGACUCCGAAGAAACUUGAGGAUGGCAUAAAUCACUUGAAAGACUGGAUUAACAAACAGCCACAUUUGAGGGCGAGAACAGAUGAUCAAUGGCUCGCAGCUUUCUUGAGGGGAUGUAAACACAGUCUAGAGCGAGCUAAAGAGAAGUUGGAUCUAUAUUACUCAUUGAGAACUCUGUCACCAGAUUUGUUUGCUUUUAGACCUAACACUCCAAGAUUUAAGGAGUUGGUAGAAACGGGGGCUGGGUUAGUGUUACCGAAACUGGCAUCUCCCCUAGACCCGCGGGUUGUCAUAGUGAAACCUAGUCUCUAUGACCCUAACAGGUUUACGCCGAUAGAGUUCUUUUCAUUUGCACAUAUUUUGCAGCAGAUAAAGUAUUUGGAAGAUGAUGCCUUUAUGGUGAAUGGAAUGAUCAAUGUCAUUGACCUUGAAGGAAUCACUAUGGCUCACUUCCUACAAUUGACACCAUCUGUACUCAAGAAGUUAGUCAUUGCAGGACAGGAUGCUUCCCCUCUAAGACUAAAGAGCCUUCAUAUAAUUAAUUCUAUACCAGCUUUUGAAAAAGUAUUCAAUAUGGUGGUAAAACUUCUCAACGAGAAACAUCAGAAAAAAGUCCAUAUGUACAGCAAAGACUUUACGGUGCUUCAGAAGUACGUUCCACUUGAAAUAUUACCAGAAGAAUAUGGAGGUCAAGGUGGAAACAGAGAGAAAAUCAUAGAUUUCUGGCUGAAGAAAAUAGAUUCAUAUAGCGACUGGUUCGAUGAAGAUCUGAAGUUUGGCACUGAUGAAAGCAAGCGGCCAGGCAAGCCCAAGAGUGCAGAGCAAAUGUUCGGGGUUGAAGGAUCUUUUAGGAAACUUGAUGUAGAUUAAUUGAGAAAUUUUAAUAUUUUUAAAUAAAGAUUACAU